UGUUCCCCUUUUUAGAUUAGAGAAAUUGUUGACACUUGAUCGAAAAUAAAUAUAUAGACAUAUGCAUACAUACAUGUAUAUAUACACAUAUGUGUGUGUGUAUAUUAAACUAUAUUUAUUUGGUACUUAAUUAUUUGUAGGUGAAUAUAUAAAGAAGCGCAGAGAGAGUCUUAGUACAAGGUACUCAAUUAAUUAAUAAUAGUUGACCUUAAAGUAUGUGUGAAGUAAUAAAUGUCUCGCUUGUCGAAUUUGGAGACUAGCUAUAACCGGCGAUUUACUGAACCAUCGCGUAGAAAUAUAUUUACACACCACUUAGAGAGAAAUAGAAGACAGAGAGAUGGCAGCAGAGGAAACAGGGAUCCUACAAGAAGCUUAUCCGAUGAAAGAAGGAGAAGACAGAGAAAUGGCAACAGAGGAAACAGGGAUUCUACAAGAAGCUUAUCCAAUGAAAGGAGGAGAUGGCCACUACAGUUAUGCCAAGAACUCUACACAUCAGAGAAAAGCUACCGAUUUUGCCAAAGAAUUGAUAAAGGCAGCAAUUGCAGAAAAGCUUGAUAAAGAAAUCUUACUUUGUUCCAAAACUUUCCGCAUUGCGGAUUUGGGUUGCUCUGUUGGACCCAAUAGUUUUUUUGCUGUACAAAAUAUAGUUGAAGCAGUGGAGUCCAAAUACCAGCACUGCCAAGGAUUGAAUUCCCAAAUCCCAGAUUUUCAAGUUUUCUUUAGCGAUCAUACCGCAAAUGAUUUCAACCUGCUUUUCACAUCCCUCCCUAACGACAGGCGAUAUUAUGCAGCAGGAGUUCCCGGAUCUUUCCACGGUCGCUUGUUUCCCAAGGAUUCUCUUCACUUUGUUCAUUCUUCUUAUGCCGUCCACUGGCUUUCCGGAGUGCCAAUGGAGGUAGUGAACAAGAAAUCUCGCGCAUGGAAUAAAGGCCGGAUUCACUACUCGAGUUCCGGAGAUGAAGUAUUUUUGGCUUAUAAAGCUCAGUUUGAUAAGGAUAUAGAGCAAUUUCUACAAGCCAGGGCACAAGAGAUUGUUUAUGGAGGAUUGAUGGCACUCAUUGUUCCUGGAAUUCCCAAUGGAACUCAUCACUCUCAAAAUGGAUCGAGUAUGAAUUUCGAGCUUCUUGGAUCUUGCCUCAUGGACUUGGCAAGGAAGGGAAUGGUUAGUGAGGAGAAAGUAGACUCUUUUAAUAUACCAACUUAUCAGUUGUCUCCCCAAGAACUAGAAGGUGCUGUUGAAAGGAAUGGUUGUUUCAGUAUAGAGGAAAUGGAAGACCUGCAUGUUCCUGUACCAAGUCACUCUGGUGAGUACAAAAUUAAUGGCCAAGUUGCUGCAUCUCAUUUGAGAGCUGUCAUGGAAGGGAUAAUCAAGCAGCAUUUUGAUGAAAAGAUCUUGGAUGUGCUCUUUGACUGCUACAGGAAGAAAUUUGAUGAGAUCGAUUUUUCCAUUUUUAAGUCAGGAAAAGUAAACAACUUCUUUUUCCUUCUUAAACGCAAAGCAACGAACCAGGCAACCGGCUAGUUAUAUUAGAGGGACACACAAAAUUACUAUGAUUUUAUAUGGAAAAAGAGAGGCAAAGUUGGAGAUAAAUUCGGUGAAAGAUAUGAAAUUAAGUGCAUCUCAUAUUCUUAUUAAAAGCAUCUCAUUUCAUAUUGUUUGGUCUGUGACACAAAUAAACUAAGGUGUCUUUCACUUAUGAUAAAACUUUUUCUUGAAGGUUUAUUUAACUCCCAAAACUAUCUUCAAGUAUGUUCAUGUAAUACCAUUGAUCUCAAAUUCAAAAGCUUAAAUUGUUAGGAUGCGCGUUUAUUA